AUGGGGGAUGCCAACGUGGAAGCAAGCAACGCCGCUCCCGACAGCGCUGCGCAGCAAGACUCUCUCUUCAGCCUUACCUCGACGAGCAUGAUGGACGUCUUCCUCAUCUCGCUCAUCGUCGGGCUCUUCACUUACUGGUUCUUCUUCCGCAAGAAAAAGGAGGAAGUCCCAGACCUCCCCAAAAUACAGUCAGUCGCAGCUCCGGUGAGGGACAGCAGCUUCAUUGAGAAGAUGAAGAAGACGGGGCGGAACAUAGUGGUUUUCUACGGUUCGCAGACAGGUACAGCGGAGGAGUUUGCCAAUCGCCUCGCCAAAGAUGCUCAUCGCUACGGCCUGCGGGGCAUGGCAGCGGAUCCAGAGGAGUACGACUUGUCGGACCUGAGUCGCCUCUCUGAGAUCGACAAGUCCUUGGCUGUGUUCUGCAUGGCCACGUACGGCGAGGGCGAUCCCACAGACAACGCUCAGGACUUCUAUGACUGGCUGCAGGAGGCGGACGCCAACUUGUCCGGUCUCCGAUUCGCGGUCUUUGGACUGGGAAACAAGACUUACGAGCACUUCAAUGCCAUGGGCAAGUAUGUGGACAAGAGACUGGAGGAACUCGGAGCCCAGCGCAUCUUUGAGCUGGGGCUGGGAGAUGACGAUGGCAACCUGGAAGAAGACUUCAUCACCUGGAGAGAGCAGUUCUGGCCAGCAGUGUGCGAGCACUUUGGGGUGGAGGCUACAGGAGAAGAGUCCAGCAUCCGUCAGUAUGAGCUGGUGGUGCACACAGAUGUGAACAUGAACAAGGUCUACACGGGUGAGAUGGGCCGUCUCAAGAGCUACGAGAACCAGAAGCCCCCGUUUGAUGCCAAGAACCCCUUCCUGGCCCAGGUUACCGAGAACCGCAAGCUGAACGAGGGUGGAGAGCGGCACCUUAUGCACCUGGAGCUGGAUAUCUCCAAUUCCAAAAUCAGGUAUGAGUCUGGGGACCAUGUGGCGGUGUACCCAGCCAACGACUCCUCUCUGGUGAACCAGAUUGGCGAGAUCCUGGGCACAGAUCUGGACACAGUCAUGUCCCUGAACAACUUGGACGAGGAAUCCAACAAGAAGCAUCCCUUCCCGUGCCCCACGUCGUACCGCACGGCCCUGACGUACUACCUGGACAUCACCAACCCGCCCCGCACCAACGUCCUCUACGAGCUGGCCCAGUACGCCACCGACGCCGGCGAGCAGGAGCGCCUCCGCAAGAUGGCAUCGUCUGCUGUGGAGGGGAAGGCUCUCUACCUCAGCUGGGUGGUGGAGGCCCGGAGGAACAUCCUGGCCAUCCUGCAGGACAUGCCCUCGCUGCGCCCCCCCAUUGACCACCUGUGUGAGCUCCUGCCCCGCCUGCAGGCCCGCUACUACUCCAUCGCCUCCUCCUCCAAGGUUCACCCCAACGCCAUCCACGUCUGCGCCGUGACGGUGGAGUAUGAGACCAAGACGGGGCGCCUGAACAAGGGGGUGGCCACCCACUGGCUGAAGAACAAGGUGCCCAACGGGAAUGGGAGCAGCUCCCUGGUGCCCAUGUACGUCAGGAAGUCGCAGUUUCGCCUGCCUUUCAAACCCAGCACGCCCGUCAUCAUGAUUGGACCAGGGACUGGCAUAGCCCCCUUCAUCGGCUUCAUCCAGGAGCGGGCCUGGCUGAAGCAGCAAGGCAAAGAGGUGGGCGAGACGGUGCUGUACUACCUGGCGCCCCCAGCGCGCUCGGGCUGCCGCCGCGAGCGCGAGGACUACCUGUACCGCGAGGAGCUGGCCCGCUUCCAUCACCAGGGCGUCCUCACCCAGCUCAACGUCGCCUUCUCCAGGGACCAGGCUGAGAAGGUUUAUGUGCAGCACUUGCUGAAGAAGAACAAGGAAAACAUCUGGAAGCUGAUUAAUGAGGGGAACGCUCAUAUCUACGUGUGUGGCGACGCUCGCAACAUGGCCCGGGACGUGCAGAACACCUUCUACGAGAUCGUGGCCGAGUUCGGGAGCAUGAGCCAGCCCCAGGCCGUGGACUACGUCAAGAAACUGAUGACGAAGGGCCGGUACUCCCUGGACGUGUGGAGCUAAGAGCGGGGCUGGGGGCUGGGGACAGAAC